UCCUACUAACGAUGGAAAUGGUUGCAAGUUUUGGCUGCAAAUGAGCUGGGAAUAGCAAUACAGACAGGGUGCACAGUGCAAAAGGUAACUACCAAGCACUCCAAGGUACCGUACCCUAUGGCUGGUGAGGCUAAGUGGAUAAUGCAUCUUCGUGUUCCCGUAUGGGCGAUCGUUACGGUCGGACUCGGAUUUCUAAAACCCAGACCUGCCUCAUUAAGGUCGCCGCUUUGCCUCAUGCCCGCAGUAAAUAGCUGUGUAUCUCCCAUUUCCAAUCUGAAGAUCCACUCAAGCGCGAAGGUGACACGCUCCAUCAAUCUCUCAGUGGUCGAACAUGAGAGAUCGUCGGGUUUCUAUUUCGUGCGCCUCAUACCCUCCGAUGCUGACGUCCCCGUCGUCGUAGGCUGCUGCAGUUGCUCCUUCACCUUGACAACACCCGAUGUAAUGGAAAGAGGACAAGAGCUCCAAAAGCCCGACUGUGCGUGCGAUACUAUGUAGUAUGCGUGCCAAAUCGGGACGCCUGAUUCAGAUUGAAUGGACUUGAUCGCUUGGGUUUGAGACAUCCCCGCACCAGAACGACGAAAGAUUCACAGUACUCCGUACAAGCGAUUUUCUUUUCAAAGGUUUGGUGGACGCCAGCAGAUGCAGAACGCUACAAUAAACAGAUGGUGCUAGGAGAGGGCCGCAGCCCACGGCAAA